AUGAUUUUUUUCCUGCAGAAUCCUUGUACUAAUGUUCCUUGUAUGAACAAUGGGAUGUGCUCCCUGAUUUCGUUCAGAGAGGGAACGUAUAGUUGCACUUGUCUUCCUGGAUAUUUUGACGAUGAGUGUGGAAUCUGUAAGUUAACGUAGAAUUACUUCAAGUUAACAAAAGCACCUUUUCGAGAUAUGAACAAGCUAUUAAGAUUUAGUAAAAUCCAACUAGUGGUCUAUUAUCAAUGCUGCGUUCUGAUUGGUUGAGCUACUACUAGGCAUAUAUAUGUUACAGCCCACUUUAUCUCCUGGCGAAAAGCGCGAGCUUUUCGGCGGCAAAAAGGGAUUAAAGUCUAGCUGUAACUAGCUAACGGUUUUUUAUUCUCGAUAUUUUUGACCAACUAGUUGGAUUUUACUAAGACAAUUAUUCCUCUCGCCCUCAUGGCCUCUGAGUCAAUAGCCCUUUCGGCCUUCGGCCUCAUGGGCUAUUGACUCAGAGCCCAUUCGGGUUCGAGGAAUAAUUGUUAAAUAUUUACAACAACAACAACUAACAACCAGCUCAAAUUGUUAGAUACCCAAGCUUCUAGUUAGAGCUGUUCACCUCGGCUUUGUGUUGUAUGUGAAUACAAAAUAGCGGAACUCUUUUGCCUUUUUGUUAAUUCAGAUGCACCAGAGUGCCGGGACUAUAACGUCCUCAGUCAACCCAAUCGACACCAGUCUUUUGGCCGAGGCACUAACUCAGACAGCAAUCUUGUCCCUGGCUGGUAUCGCUUCCAAUCAAGUUCAUACUCAAGAAUGGUAGACAAUUGUAUUCAGGUCCACAGAUGCACUACAGAUAUAACUGGGUGGCUAAAAGGUGGCCACCCUACAUUUAAAGAUGGCAUCGUGGACAGGGAAGCUCUGCUUCCACGGAUGGCAAAACUGUUGUUAUAG